UCCUCCCCCUCCUCCGCCUCCGCCUCCGCCUCCCACCACCCCCGGGGCGGGCGCCGCUGUGGGCGCCGGAGGAGAAGCGGGUGAGGAGGAGCGGGGCGGGUGGCGCGGCCGGCAUGUGAGCGCGGGCAGCCGCCCCUCCCGCUCCGGCAGCCCCUGGGCAGCGCCCGCCCGUGCCCGCCGGGCUCCUUCCUCGGCCGCCCCGCGCGGCGCGGCGGGGCCGGGCAGCCGCCCCCCCCUCCCCCGCCUGGCGGGGCCCCCUUCGCCAUGAAGAAGUUUUCUCGGAUGCCCAAGUCGGAGGGGAGCGGCGGCGGCGGCGGGACGGCGUGUGUCGGCUCCGGCGGUGGGGGCGGCGGCGGGAGCGGCGUCGCCUUGGGCAAGGUGUUCGCCGUCGGGCGCUAUCAGGUCAUCCCGGAGGAGCUGCUGGCGGAAGGUGGCUUCUCAACUGUGUUUCUGGUACGUACCCAUGGCGGGGUACGUUGUGCACUGAAACGAAUGUAUGUUAAUAAUGUGCCAGACCUCAACAUAUGCAAGAGAGAAAUUACAAUUAUGAAAGAGUUGUCUGGGCACAAGAAUAUUGUGAGCUAUUUGGAUUGCGCUGUGAACUCUAUAAGUGAUAAUGUUUGGGAGGUACUUAUUCUCAUGGAGUACUGUCGAGCUGGGCAAGUUGUGAAUCAGAUGAAUCAGCGUCUGCAGACAGGCUUUACUGAGUCAGAAGUAAUGAGAAUAUUUUGUGAUACCUGUGAAGCUGUUGCCCGGUUACAUCAGUGCAAAACACCUAUAGUUCACCGGGAUUUAAAGGUGGAGAAUAUAUUGUUAAAUGAUAGCGGGAACUAUGUUCUCUGUGAUUUUGGCAGUGCCACUAGCAAAUACCUUAAUCCUCAAAAAGAUGGUGUUAAUGUGGUUGAAGAAGAAAUAAAGAAGUAUACAACACUAUCGUACAGAGCUCCCGAAAUGAUCAAUCUUUACGGAGGAAAACCAAUUACGACGAAGGCAGAUAUCUGGGCACUUGGCUGCUUGCUGUAUAAACUUUGUUUCUUUUCACUUCCCUUUGGAGAAAGUCAAGUUGCUAUUUGUGAUGGAAGCUUUACCAUUCCGGACAAUUCCCGAUACUCCCAUAGUAUACACUGUUUGAUAAGAUACAUGCUUGAACCUGAUCAAGAGCAGAGACCCGAUAUCUUUCAAGUAUCUUACUUUGCCUUUAAACUUGCCAAAAAGGAUUGUCCAGUGUCUAAUAUUAAUAAUUCUCCUGUCCCUUCAACUCUUCCUGAACCCAUGACAGCUAGCGAGGCAGCUGCUAGAAAAAGCCAAAUAAAAGCAAGAAUAACAGAUACUGUUGGACCAACAGAAACCUCAAUUGCACCGCGACAGAGACCAAAGGCCAAUUCAAGCACUGCCACUUCUAGUGUGCUGACGAUCCAGAGCUCAGCAACUCCAGUCAAAGUACAAGUUCCUGGUGACUUAGGUAAUCGUGGGCAGAAAGGAACCGCACGCCUAGGGAAUGGACAAGAAAUCUUACAGUCCCAAGGGACCAACCAGCACCCGCCGCAGCAGAACAGGGUUCUCCAGCAGCUGCAGCAGGGGGACUGGAGACUACAGCAGCUACACCAUUUACAUCACCAGCAGCAGCAACCUACCAUUCAGGAUGCCUAUAUUCAGCAGUAUCAACAAGCAAUGCACCAGCAGAUGGUCCAACAGCAGCUGUUGAUGCAGUCGGUGUACCAGCAGCAACCUUCCCAGUCUCAGUAUCCCGCUAUGGUGCAGCAGUAUCAGCAGGCUGUCCUACAGCAGCAGAUGCUUGCUCAGCAGCAACAGCGGUCACAACAGGCACAUUCUCCUGAAUAUAUCACUUCUCCACAAGACUUCUCACCAGCCUUAAUUUCCUACCCUGGGUCACUUCCAGUGCAUGCUGGAACAGUGGCAGAUUCUCCUUACUCUGCAAGCAGGUCAGGUAUUCCUGAUGCUGAAGCGAUUGCCAGUUACCCAAAGCAGAGCAUCAAUAACCCACCUGAUAUGUCAGGCUGGAACCCAUUUGGAGAGGACAAUUUUUCCAAGUUGACAGAGGAGGAGCUGCUGGACAGAGAAUUUGACCUGCUAAGAUCAAACAGGCUGGUGGACAGGAGAGCAUCUUCAGAUAAGAAUGUGGAGCCACGUUCUGCUCCACAGAAAAUUCCUCCUGAAGAUCCCUUUGGUUCUGUUCCUUUCAUUUCACACCCAGGUUCCCCUGGAAAACAAGGAGAUAACUCAGCCAGCAAUCAAGGAAAUAACUUAGGGACCCCAACCAGGGCUGGAAAACUGAGCCAUGCUUUUAGAGAUCCCCGGCCAGGAAGGAAAACUGCAGACGGACAAGUGACAAAAGGUGGUGAUGAUUCAGAGAGCGAUUUUGAAUCGGAUCCUCCUUCUCCCAAGAGCAGUGAGGAAGAAGAAGAACAGGAGGACGAAGAAGGCUUGCAAGGAGAGAAUGGAGACUUCAAUGAUGACAAUGAUACAGAACCAGAGAAUUUAGGCCAUCGACCUCUUCUCAUGGACUCUGAGGAAGAGGUGGAGGAAGAGGAGGAAGAGAAGCAAAGUUCUGACUCUGAUUCUGACCGUAACAAGCAAAAAUCUGUGGAAGGGCUCCUGAGCAGUAGGUUCAGAGAUGCUGUGGGCAGUGGUGAGAUCAAAGAACCCAGUUCAGUGCAUACGUCCUUGUCUGAGGUGCCAAGUACGGUAAGCAAGGUGAACCCUGGCCAAGAAUUUGAUGUGUUUGGGGCAGUGCCCUUUUUCACUCUGCAGCCUCAGGCAAGACAGAAGAUGGACAAAGACGUCUCUUCUCAGGUGGCUUUUCCCAGCCUGAACCAAGACCAGGAUGACUUUGAUGUUUUCACAAAAGCCCCCUUCAGCAAAAAGGUGUCUCAGCAAGACGGCCAGGUGGUGGGAACUGAGCCUCUGCUCUCCCCCACCUCUCCACGGAGCGUUGAUAUUUUUGGCUGCACCCCAUUUCAGCCUUCCCUUCUCCCCAAGAUCAGUGGGAGUAAAGAGGACCUGUUUGGGCUGGUUCCUUUUGAAGAGAUCACAGGGAGCCAGCAGCAGCAGCAGAAGGUGAAGCAGCAGCAGCGUAACCUGCAGAAACUUUCUUCCCGCCAAAGGCGCAUGAAACAGGAGGUCUCCAAGAACAACGGAAAGCGCCACCACGGCACCCCAACCACCACGAAGAAGGCAUUGAAACCGAGCUACCGCACCCCUGAGAGAGCCCGCAGGCACAAGAAAGCAGGCCGCAGGGACUCACAGAGCAGCAACGAGUUCCUGACGAUCUCGGACUCCAAAGAGAAUAUAAGUGUCGCGUUGACUGACAGCAAAGAUCGAACCAAUCCUCUACAGGCAGAUGAGAGUCUGCUGGAUCCUUUCGGAGCCAAACCCUUUCACCCACCGGACUUGAUACGGCAUCCCCAGCAUCAAGGGUUUGGUGACAACCGCGGGGAUCACGGUGCGGUAGUAGUGGCUGGUAGACCUAGGCAGAGCUCCUUGCACGGAGCCAUUCAUGGUGGUGACGGGCUGAAAAUAGAUGACUUUGGUGCAGUACCCUUCACAGAACUGGUUGUGCAGAGCGCGCAGAGCCAGCAGCAACAGGCGCUGGAGUUGGAUCCCUUUGGAGCAGCUCCAUUUCCUUCCAAACAGUAAAUGGUUCCAGUGGGUUCCCCCGCUCCACCUCUCCGAGUUACUUGUUACAGGUUUUAAUUAGUGGAGUAAUUUAUCUGGUUGAAUUGAGAGGGACAUGGGUGGUACAGUUUGUUCAAGUUCAAGAAGACAUGACCAACUUGCAUGAUGAAAUUUAGAAUGAUGGCAAAUUUGGGGGUUUUUUUUGGUUUUGGGCCUGUUUGGUUUUGUUUUGUUUUGUUGUUUUGAGAAAAAUAGAAGAAAAAACGGGGAGCAUAAUUUUGUUAUGACAGAUGGCUCCCAGAACGAGAAGAGACAUCAGAUAUGAAUCAUUGUCUGUCACUGACUUGGGGCCCUGGGACAUAUUGUGAUUCUGCACUUUUGCGUUGCCUUUUCAGUCCUCUGUGAUGUGCUCAGAUGGAGGGAGGGGGACAGGCGGAGAUCACACGAAAAACGUUAUCCAUACGUACAGGUAGGCUAACGGAACUGUGGUGGUUCUUUGCGUCUCAGUCGCAGUAGACUUAAGAACCAAAAUGUACUAAUAUCCAUAUUGAUCUCCUGGAAAUAGGUGAGUCCCUGCUUCCUAGGUGAAAACUACCUUUAUUAAUCAUAAAAAUAAAGAAGCCGAGUCCUCAAGGGGCUGUGGCCCAGAAUUCCAGAGCACAGCUAUGGCUUGGGGCCUGGUGGACAUCUAUGCAGCUGCAGAGAUGAAAGGCAGAUUAUUUUUUGUGUGCCUAAACGUUCAAAUCCUUUUUCCUUAAUUAUUUUUUACAGUAAGUGCCAUUAAUGUAAAAUAGCCAACUGGAAGUUUAGACUUAAAACUAAAGAUACAGAGAAUAUAAUGGUUUCCGAGUGAAAAAGCCUGAAUGUAGGGAAGUAAACCAGCACGGAUGCAGCCAGUGUUUGCAGCACUUUGAAGACUACUCAGUACGCUGGGAGGAGAGGCUGGUUUACGUGAAGAAAUCAUUUGGCACAUACGGAGUAUUUCAGAUGACUUGUACAGUUGACUGUGAGAUGCAGCCAUCAGAUUUAUUUGGUUACAAACUGGGAUUUGUGUCUGAAAAUACCUUUUCUUUUCCUCUUGGAUUUUUAUUGCAAAGAAAACUUGUAUUCUUUCAAACCUGUUGUUUUUUUAAAAAAUAAUAAUUUUAUGAAAUGACUGUAACCUAAUGUUCUUUUAAGUUGUCAUGAAUCUAUUAUUGUACUUAAGUGUAUUUUAUAAGCAAGUUUUGCUAAAUGCACUGUGCUCUGAAGAAACCUGGAUUUGUUUCAGAGCAGAAGCACUAAGCAGCAGUAGCUUGCAGAAGCUGAUCACUACUGUACCAGCAAACUGCAUUUCACACCACGAAGCCUUACAGGCAGGACUCCGGUCCUGCCGCGCAGUACCUCUGAGACAUAAGGUGCACGAGACGUGGCGAAAGGCUUGGGAGCGCGCGGUGUCACAGGUGACGGGAAGGUGAUGGGAGCAGAUUCGUCGAGGACAGGAUUUUGUUACUGUGUUGUAGAAUUGUGCUGUGUGUAGGCGGGACGGCUUCUCUGCUGCCUUGCAGCUUGUGCCCAGCCAUGCUCACUGUCUGCGGAGCCAGCAUGGCUCGGGAUGGUCCAAUUUGUCUGCCUUUUUUCCGUGGCAGUCCUAAAGAGGAAGGAGGUAGUUCCUCUGCUUAUCUCAACUUCAUAUCCUGCUCUGCUGAAUACUGACAGCUAGCUAAUUGGAUGUUUAUAUGUGGAGGACGUUAGCAUUCAUGGUUGCGUGUCCCCGUGUCCCCACGCCUUCCACAGGUGGUGAAGUGAAAUACUGAGGGUUGUGCAUUUUUGUUCCAAGUCUCCCACUGGUUAUACAGUCGUCCUGAGACCUGGGAGGGUGGGGGGGUGGAUCCCCUACAAUAUUUGUUGAAAACAACACAUGAAAAAUAAGCCUCUUGACUCUUUUGGGGGUUGGUCUGAUAAAACAGUCCCUCAGAUAUAUGUGAGAUUUGCUUCCCCUAGUCCUGGACUAUGAAAGUAGCUCAUACGUAUCUGUACACCUUCAUUGCCUUUAUCUUCCUUGUUUUUGUUUUUCUCACAGGGUGAAAGUGAAAUACUAGAGCUGUGCUUGAUUAAGUAUGCCUUUUUCAGGCUUAGAAAUUAAGCUUUUAGGAGGUUAUGAGUAGAAAUGUUUCGACUCUUAUUUGCACAGGAGUUUCUUAGGCUUUAUUACUACUGUUCUCACCUGGGUUUUUUGUACCAAAGCCUCUAAGAAGUGCAUGCCAAGUCUGUAGCAUUUUCUGAUACUCAGGUUAACUGUUUUGGUGGGUUUUGUUGGUUUUUUGUUUUUUUUUUUUGAUCCCCCCUCUGCACGUGCUUAUGAGCUGCCUUCCUACCAUUUCCUCCUAAACUGUUCCUUACUGGCCUGAAGAGCUGUUGGAACAGAAUGCUGUGACAAACGGGGCGGGUGGGUGGAAACAAAAUGAGAAUAAAAAACCAGGCAACUGACCCGUGGUCUUAAAAGCGGCCAGUCCUCACCAAAGCCACGCAGCCGCUGCUUCCCCUGUUGGAAAAGCAACUUGAGGGCUUGCUCGGCCGUCUGGUGCCAGAGGAAAGGGUUAACACCACGCAUGGGACUGGGGCUUAGCUCCACUGCCUGAAGGAGAGAUGGUUUGCUGUUGGACACGGAGGGAAAAGGCUGCGCACGGGCAGACUUGGUGUGGGCGAAGUUGACUUUGCGUCAGCUAUACACAACUAAACCCAGGUUUGGGUUUAACUUCAGCUUUUGCUUUGAUUUGGUGUGUGUGCGUGCUCACGUGUGCGCUUGCCAUGGCGUAUAUCGUGACCUUACCUGAAAUACGGAAAGACCUUGCUGCGUGAGACAUGUACCCUACUGUCUGUGAAGAUGAUAAAGGCAAGGUAAGGAACCGAGACUUCCCUUCCAGCAGAAAACCGAUUGAUUUGUACAGCUUCUCUUUCAGCAUGUGGAACGAGCGAACCACAGGCCUUGCAGAAUCAGCUGCUUGAGAGAGAGAUUCUGUCAAAAGGUACUAAGACGCCCUUAAUGGUCGUGAUUAUGGAACGAAAAAUAAGAUAGUCGUAUUUCUCUGCAGACUCUCAAAUGGCCUUGAGAUGUGGGCGACAGCUUUGGCUGACAUGCGUAACGUGGGACCCGCGAACACCAGCUUUGGAGGAAAUAACUUUUAAUCAUUCGGGGCGUCCCAGUCAGUAAAACCAAGUACUGUGAAAAUAAGUUGAUAUAUUUGCUACUGUGAGAAUAAGAGUUUAUCUGGAGUUUUUUUAUACUGUAUUGUGUAUUUUCAUAUAUGAAAAGUAUAUAUAAAAUACACACAUGCUCGCACACAUCAUAUAUCUUGGAGUUGCUGCUUUUAGUAACGCAGCAGCCACAAUCACUUCCGUGUGACUUGAGGGAGUGAACGUAAGUGAAAGCUGCAAAAGGAAAAAAAAAAAAAGGUGCCAAGGGUGGCUGCUGCGUUAUUUUUCUAUAGUGCUUAUUUCGAAAGGAAAAUCAAGAAAAACGUGUAUAGCUAAAUCUAUGACUAAGGCAUCACUUAAUAUUGAAGAGCAUAAAAACCCAUUUUAAAAUCGCUGGCAUUCAGCUUUUAAGUGCACUUUCCUGAACUACACUUCAAGUUCUUGUUACACUUCAAGUUUCUAAAGCUUUUUUGUGUACCACUAAACAGAGAAAUUUAACUUUUUUUUGUGAAACUGAUGUACAUCAUAAAAUACUUGCAGUUGUUAAAUAAACAAACGUUGUAACAGUGA